UCUACUACUAACAUCAACUGAUCAACUAUCAUGUUCUGAAGAAACCGUAACACCUCUCUCUCUCUCUCUCUCUCUCUCAAUGCACCAAUUUCAUCACCAUUAGUAACGGAAAAACCCCAAAACGGAAAAUUCAAACCAAAAUGCGGUGUUACAUUCCGACGUUACUCUUAUUCUCGUUAAUAUGCUGCUUAGUCAGCUUGCCGGUAUCCGCCGCAUACGGCAGCGGCUACCUCGCUCUACAACGGGCCGUUCCGCUUAGCCACCGCGUUGAGAUGGACACAAUCAGAGCUCGCGAUAGACUUCGCCACGCUCGAUUCUUGCGAGAUGUUGGUGGCGGUGUUGUCGACUUCACAGUUCAAGGCUCCUCCGAUCCUUUUACCCGUGGGUAUGGGUUGUAUACUACCAAAGUUAAGAUGGGAAAUCCACCUAAGGAAUUUAAUGUUCAGAUUGAUACUGGAAGUGACAUUUUGUGGGUUAAUUGUAACACUUGCAGUAAUUGCCCUAAAUCUAGUGGAAUUGGGAUUGAGCUCAAUUUCUUUGACACAGUUGCUUCGUCCACGGCUGCGCUGGUUCCUUGCUCGAACCCUGUAUGCACUUAUGGGGUUCAAGGUGCUGCUGCUCAAUGCUCCCCUCAGGUUAAUCAGUGUAGCUACACCUUUCAGUAUGAAGAUGGGAGUGGUACCUCGGGUGUUUAUGUCUCGGAUGCUUUGUACUUUGACAUGAUCCUUGGACAAUCUACUUCUGACAAUGUUAAUUCUUCAGCUACCAUUAUUUUCGGGUGUAGCACUUCUCAGUCUGGAGAUUUGACUAAGACGGAUAAAGCAGUUGAUGGAAUCUUUGGGUUUGGCCCCGGUGAUCUAUCUGUUGUAUCACAAUUGUCAUCACGAGGAAUAACACCCAAAGUUUUCUCUCAUUGCUUGAAAGGAGAUGGCAAUGGAGGAGGCAUUCUAGUUCUUGGUGAGAUUUUGGAGCCAAGUAUUGUUUAUAGUCCCCUUGUCCCAUCACAGCCUCAUUACAACUUAAAUCUUCUGAGCAUUGCUGUCAAUGGGCAACUUCUCUCAAUUAAUCCAGAUGUAUUCACAACGUCUGACAACCGAGGAACUAUAGUUGACUGUGGUACAACAUUGGCAUAUCUUGUUCAAGAAGCUUAUGAUCCUCUUGUCAAUGCAGUAAAUACUGCUGUGUCACGUUUUGCUACUCCCUUUAUUUCAAAAGGAAGCCAGUGUUAUCUGGUCUUAACCAGUAUCAAUGCUUAUUUUCCUCCAGUCAGUUUAAACUUCGCGGGUGGAGCAUCAAUGGAUUUAAAACCAUCACAAUACCUUCUGCAUAAUGGUUUUCAGGAUGGUGCUGCAAUAUGGUGCAUAGGUUUCCAAAAAGUGCAAGAGGGAGUCACAAUUUUAGGAGAUCUUGUCCUGAAAGACAAGAUCGUUGUUUAUGACUUGGCUCGUCAGCAAAUAGGAUGGACUAACUAUGAUUGUUCCAUGUCUGUAAACGUCUCGGUGACUACAACCAAGGAUGAGUACAUCAAUGCAAGAGCAAGACAGACAAGUGUCAGCAGCUCGAAAAUAGGGACUCUCUCCAAGUUACUACCUGUAAGCAUCAUGGCUCUUUCAAUACACAUAAUAAUCUUCAUGAAGUCACCACAUUUAUAAUUUAAACUAAAGUUCAACACUGAGACCUACUCGACUUGGCAACCCUUCCCGUUUUUUGAUCGGGAGUGGUAGAUGUGUUUACUUAUGUUUACAAAAUGGGUUAUCCUCCAUUUAUCCAAUGAAAAUGAGGAUCUUAUUGUAAAGAGAGAACUGGAAGCAAUGUACAUUAGUGUAUCUCUAUUGGUUCAGAUCGUAAUAAUAUUUAUAUAGUGCUAUGUGGUAUUCAGUUCUCACUUUUAGAUAUAGGUGUAUAGGAUUCUCAUAACAAUGGAUUCAUGAAUGGUGCUCGGAUAAUAUUUUGAUAUUUAGUUCAAUAUACUUGAUUAAUAGUA